AUGCUGCAAGAGCUUCUGGCACAAGGCAUUUCCAGCAUUGAUCUGAUUGACGUUUACCUCAGGCAAAUUGAGUGCCAUAACAAGAAUGGCUUCAAACUGAAUGCAAUUAUUUCCACGGCGCCUCGGCGAAUCCUCGAAGAACGGGCCGAGAUGCUCGAUACAGAGCGAGCGAACGGCCAUAUCCGGGGUCCGUUGCAUGGGAUUCCUAUUGUUGUCAAAGACAAUAUAAUGACAGACAGUUCACUUGGCAUGGACACAACCUGCGGAUCCUACGCGCUAGUAGGUGCCAAAGCAAAGAACGCACCCAUUAUCAGCCGUCUGCUGGCGGCAGGUGUGAUAAUUCUGGCCAAGGCAAACCUCUCUGAAUGGGCGGGCUCCAAAGGAUAUGGGAUAGCGACGGGGUGGUCGGCCAUCGGUGGCCAGACACAGACACCGUAUGUGCUCGGUGGGUAUGUUUUGGGAGACAAGAUCCUAGGCCACAGCGCUCCAGGAGGUUCGUCUUCGGGUUCUGCUGUAGCUGUGGCCGCCGGUUUCGCCCCUCUGGCUCUGGGGACAGAGUCUGAUGGCUCCAUCACACAACCGUCUGGAAGGUCCUCUCUUUACGGAAUGAAGGUGACUGUUGGUGCCUUGAGCACACAGGGCACGUCACCACAAUCUCCUCUGACCGACAGCCUUGGUGGCAUGGCCAAGACCUCACAAGACCUUGCCGAUUUGAUCGGCGCAAUGAUGGAGACGAGCUACUCCGCCUUCCUGACUGGGUCCUGGGAAGGCCAGAAAGUUGCAUUUGUGGAACCAGAAGCAUGGGAGCUUCAUCCGGCCUUGCGAGAAAUGAAAGACGUAGCCAAGAAAAUCCAGGCACAGCAGGCGGCAGUGACGGAAGGCGUGGUUCUGCUGCAGGCGGAUGAGAUCAGCCACAACGGUAAAGAUGCCCUAGAGCUAGUCUGGAACUUUGAUCUGGCCGGAGGGAUAGAUUCAUUCCUUGGUGAAUAUACUGAAUCUGAAGUGCGAACUGCCGAGCAGCUGAUCCAAUGGAACAAAGAACAUAUGGAUCUAGAGUUGCCGCCAGAGUUUCCAGCACAGCAGCAAUUGGAGAAUACGGUGAAAUGCAAGCUGACACAAGAGGAGAGAGACGCCAUAGCUGAAUUCAUUCGCCACAAGGCCCGGAACGCUUUUGACCGGAUUCUUGGAGAAGGUAAGGCCACGGUUCUGAUGGGGCCUCUGGAUGGCCGCAUCGUCACAAUUGCUGCAGCUGCAGGUUAUCCAGCCGGCGUGGUACCGCUGGGAUAUGCAGAUAACUUUAAUGGCAGGGCGUACGGCAUGGUUAUUGUUGCCAAAGCAGGCGGCGAAGGUGAUAUUUUAAGGGCUAUGAGUGCAUGGGAGAGUAACGCGAUAGGAAAGCGAGUGGCACCUCCGCUGCUCGCCAACAAGGCGGAAUUGUAA